CUGGUGUCUGCUUUGCACAACCUCACCAGGCACGUUGUGUACCACAGCUUGAUGACAGCAGAAGAGAUCCUCUCCCUCUUUCCAGAAAACUUCCACCAAAACCUGAAAAACCUUUUGACUAAGAUAAUCUUGGAGAAUAUCUCUUCUUGGCGGAAUGAAGCACAAGCAAGUCAGAUCUCCCUGCCCCGGCUGGUUGACAUGGACUGGAGGGUGGACAUCAAGACGUCUUCAGACAGCAUAAGCAGAAUGGCAGUCCCUACUUGCCUGCUUCAGUUAAAGAUUCAGGAAGAUGUUGCCUUAUGUGGAAGUAGUCCUGUUGUUUCUGCACUGACUGUGGAACUGAGCAAAGAAACCCUGGACACUAUGUUGGAAGGUCUAGGAAGGAUCCGGGACCAGCUUUCUGCUGUUGCAAACAAAUGAAUACUCAAGGGCACGGAUUCCAGCAGCAAGAAAAGGAGGUAUUCUCUGCCUAAGAAUACUGCAGCUGUAAGUUGCAGCCUAGUGUAACAUGUUUUCUGUUUUAACAAAACAAAAUUAAAGAUAUUUCUUUACUGAGUUACUAGGAUGGCUUUUGAAAAGCUAACACUUAAACAUUCCUUUAGUCUGAUGCCAAAAAGUGUUUUCCUAAUAUGUUGUUGAACAAAAGCUGGUCUUCAUUUCAGGAAAGGAUUUUGAGGGCUCAGAGCUUGACUUAAUCACAAGGGUCAUAACUGAAAAUAGCAAAUAGCUGCAGCCACUGAAGCAAGUGCUAUCUCUCUGCCCUGGGAUUAGGAUCUAAAAGUCUCAAGCUGGUUAAUGGGGCUGUCUUCUAGCACUAGCAGACAAGGAGGGUGCUUCUCUCUGGAAUGCGUGUGUGUACUGAGGUGCAUGCUGGAUGUCGCACUCUCUCCCUCUCAAUGAAGAACAGCCAUGCUGCAGAUUGUUAUUACAGGAUAAUGCUUUGAAAUGGGGCAAUUAUGCUACAACAUAUUCCCUUCUGAUCAGCUUCAUAGCACCAUUUGCAAAAUUACUAGUCUGAACAUCUUUAGCAGCAAGUAAUUUCCUCCUUCUGUUUGGAAAGAAAAAAGGAGUUCAGAUAAUUCAUGUUUGGGUUUAUUGGACUCUGAGCUUUGUCUUCACUGCACAAAAACAAGACUGGGAAAGUAAAGAAUUUAUGGCCGUUGUCUGUGCUGUAGAAAACCCUUCUGUGGCAAUCUGUGCCUAUACUUCCCCAAAGUGUUCUGUUGUUUGUUUGUAUAAAUCUUCAUUUAAUUAAAAAAUGAACU